GCAAUCCGUCAGUCGCGAACCCGGUGGUCAACACCCUUUCCGACAUUUCCGUCUCCGUAACUUCGCAAGAGCGACCAUUGGCAGCACUGACGAUGCUCCUUUCCAGAUGGUUUCUCCAGUGACUAAUUCGCGACGGAGCGGAUCACGUAGGAGAGGAGUGUUUUAAUUGUCGGGUGUAAUUCGUUCAGAUGAGUCUUUGAGUGACGGUAAGUGUGCGAACGGCCGCGGGUGAUGCAUCGUCCGCGUCGUUAAGCCGCUUCUCUCCGUCUCCUCCUCUCGGCCGCGUUGCAUCUCGAGAGCAUGCACUGUUUACUUCGAAAUACAACGACACGCAUAGCGCAUCGAUGACGCGGGUGCUCCUCGUAAAAAUACUUUGUUGAGGAAUUCUUCUUGGCGCCUGUCGACAGCAAUUGUCCGGGUGCUAAGUGCACUCUCAGUCAUCCCGCGAUUACGAUCAAUCUGUUACGUGUCUACCCACGUAUUGUCAAUACGCGCCCGAUAGCGUUGCCCUCGAAUUUGCGAGUGAUCAAGGUGGUUUGUGUGUAUACUGACGAUUGAUCAUCCCAGUGAGUCCAUUAGAAGUAUAAUUAACAGAACUUUCUGAGAGGAACAACAAAAGUUGUAGUUUGCAUUAAGACACCGCAUCAUGACAGAAUAUAAGCUUGUAGUAGUUGGUGCUGGAGGUGUUGGAAAGUCAGCUCUUACCAUUCAACUGAUACAGAAUCACUUUGUCGAUGAAUAUGACCCUACUAUAGAAGAUUCAUAUAGAAAACAAGUGGUGAUCGAUGGUGAAACGUGCCUUCUAGAUAUAUUGGACACAGCAGGACAAGAGGAAUAUAGUGCAAUGAGAGAUCAGUACAUGAGAACAGGAGAAGGAUUCUUGUUAGUAUUUGCCGUAAACUCAGCUAAAAGUUUUGAGGAUAUUAGUACAUAUAGAGAACAAAUAAAACGAGUAAAAGAUGCAGAAGAAGUACCAAUGGUGUUAGUUGGCAAUAAGUGCGAUCUUCAGCAAUCUUGGGCGGUAAACAUGACUCAAGCGAGAGAAGUCGCGCGGCAGUAUGGUGUGCCAUUUGUAGAAACCUCAGCAAAAACAAGAAUGGGUGUAGAUGAUGCUUUUUAUACUUUGGUCAGAGAAAUACGGAAAGACAAAGAACUUAGAGGUAAAGAGAAGAAAAAACGUAACAAAGUCGGUAAUUCCGGACGCAGGAGACAUCGAUGCUGUCUUUUAUAAAUCUUUGGAUAACACCAAUACACUUUCACUCGACUACAUAUUACAACGCAGGAGUAGAAUAUGAAAAGCCUUACAUUAUGUUCACAGUGCACAAAUAUUUGCAGCUUAUUCUAUAGAAUAUUGUAAUAAAUUACUAGCACAAUUUUUUCUAUACAUUGAGAGGCAAGAACAAAUUACCUAAUAGUACUGUAUAAUAUUACAUACGUUUUUACUAAUGGAUUUAUGUUUCGUAAGAAAUGUUUACCCGGCAGUUUGCCAUACGUUUCGUAAUAUUCCAUUAAACCGAAGUGUCUUAACCCUUGAUUGACUGGAAGAGUGAUAACUAUUUUCUUCAUUACAUAGUAAUGAUGUUGGCACAAAAAGAAAAAAAGACAUUGAAUUUCAUAUGUAUGUUUAUAGAGUCGAAACUAGAAUUCUAAUUCGCAAAUUCACGCAGAUUCAUAUUGGUCAAUGUUAAUUAUGUCAUUUAUACAGGGGGAUUAUAAAUAUUUGCUACAGAAUAUACAGGCCAAUGAUGAAGAAGAAGAAGGAUCCAUAUGAAAUAUGGCAUGUAUGUACUACACGAGUUUAUUUUUCAUAAUUAUAUUGUAAACAUUUAGUUGAUAUAUACUAUUAAUCUCUAUUAAUCUCUCAUUCGUUGCGCGCUAAUGAAUUUUAAUCAAACAGCAAUAUUAUAAAUACAUUAUUAAAAAAUAAAUCUAAUCAAUGUACGGAUUGUUUAAUAACUUAUGAAUUAAGUUUUGAUCAUUGCCAUUUUUAGUACUCUGAAUAUUAUAUACUGAAAAAAUAAGACUUUUCACCAUUUUCUCAAGAAAAAAGCUCUGAGUCACACAAAAUAAAUAUCACAAACUUAAUUCAUUAUGUGCUGUGAUUAGAUACUUUUAAGUACAUGCCAGAUUAGUUAAGUGUUACUGUGAUUAAGUCUGCAAUUUUGAAGUAAGACCUUAUUUCGUAAUAUAGGAACGUAUAAAUGUACUCUAUCUUACAAGGAAACAUAUAAAAGUGUCUUUCAUUAAUUUUAAUAGGUUUUAGAUAUGUUGAAAAAUAAUUGAAAAUAGAGAAAUUUAAUCUAGGAAAUAGAGAAAUAAGAAACUUUUUCUAUGUACUUUCUCGUAUGUUUGAAACAAUCUGCCGCAAGUAAUUCGAUAAAUUUGUUUGUUAGCGAAUAUCUGUGGAACCUUGAAGUAUACCAAAAAGUAUAUAAAAAAAUAUCAUAUACAAGAUUUUUCUUGAUAUUUGAGAAUUGAUAAGAGACACUUCUAUAAUGUUAUC